AUAUUUUUAUGCUAUUUCAGUACUUAGGUACAUAAUUAUUUUCUUCUAGUUGGUAGUUGGUAAUUUGGCAGUAACCAAAUUACCUUUUUUUUGUGUGUGUGGGUAUAUGUGUAUAGAUAAUUUACUGUUAUGCUUUGUUUUCUAUUAAUUUAUUCUGAACAAUUUUAUAAACUGAUACAAAAUAUUAAAACUAGUGAUUACUAUGUAUUUUCUUCGUGUUUUUCGCACUUUAUUGUUGAAAAUGAUAUUCAAAAGUUAUUUGAGACGAAAAAUGUAUGCAUUGGAAAAACUAAAAGGAAAGACACCAAAAUAUUCAAUUUUCGAUCGUUUCAUCAACGUUUUACUUAAUUUAUUGUGGUGUAUUUGGAUGGAAAAAUGGUGUGGUGUAAAUAAAGAAAACAAGAGAAUGAUUAAAUGGGCAAAAAUUAAGAAAAUUUUAGAAACUAAUGGGACGUUUGCAAAUUUUCUCUUAAAAUCUUUAUUAGGAUUUAUGAGUGGUAUUUUAUUGACUAUGGGAAUGUUCAUGUUUCUGUUACUGCAACUAAAUUAUUCAUACACUAAAGCCACAGUAAUAAGUUCAACAAUUGGGAGUGUACUAACUUUAGGAUUGGCUUUUUCUCCGAUUUUCAGGUGUAUUUUUAUGAUGGUAUUGCCGCAAUUAUUUUCGGAUAAGGGUCGACACGCGCUACUCAUGUAUGCGUUUAUUUUAUCUUUUUCUGGACCUUCCAAGACUACAUUACACAACACUGGAGUCUUAUCGGAAUCACUCACUUGCCUGCAGGACGAAAUAAAAUCAGCUAUACGACAAAUCGUUGAAUUAAUAAAAAAGCCAUUACUGGCCGUCCGAUCUUCUAUAACACGCAUAAAGGCAGAUCUAGCCGUAAUAAUCAAUAAAAUGAAAAAAGGAAUGUUGGCCGUCAAGAAUACUGUAACCGAGUUAGUACGAACAAUUAAGUCAGCGUAUGAAUGGCUGUACAGCGUAAUGAACAUUUGUAAUAAAAAAGUCGGAACUCCAUAUCAGAGGUGCACGAGAAUGUUCGACGACGCUUUGGAGGAGUGUAAGGUAACGGUGUCUCCUACAUUCGAUUGGAUGUGUUCGAUAUCGUACGUUAUUUCCCACGUAUGCUAUACGGUUAAGUUCCUGGACAGCCUUUGUGAAUUUUUCGAAUUCAUAAACGAAUCAAUUUUUGGAGCGAUUCAAAACAGUAUAAAGAGUUACGUGCGGCACAUGAAGAACAUGUUUUAUGUAUCCAUCGAGUUCAAACAUUCGUUUGCAUUUGAGUCGAAGCCGAGCAAACUGAGUAGCGAUAUUAUUCGCGGUAUCAUUACCGAAAUCAAGUAUAGGAUCGAAAAUGUCGUAAUGCUGUUUGACUGGGCUGGAUCGAUUUUUUCGUUCUUCUUCCUGUACGUGUUUGUGAUGGUAUGGCGGUACAGACAGAAGUAUUUAACGGUUGAUUCGUUUGAUAAUAAAUAUUUGACAAAGGAGUUAUACGAGCUGGACGAACGGAAACAGAUCCUUGAUCGGCCGACAAUCAUGCCGCUGACUAGAGUCGAAAAAAAUAAAUUCAUAGAGCGAACAUCUGCUCAUUUGGUACUACAAGAAAGAAAAGCAUUGUUCCGGUCAUUGGCCAUACUAUUACUGGCGACUAUUAAGAUACUCAUACAAAUGGCGGUAGAUUACAGUCUUUAUUGGAUAUUGAUCACUGUCAGAAAAUAUGGGCGACUGUCGACCCAACUUGACCCGCCGAGAAUGAUCGAUGUGAACAUCGACGGCGAUGGAAUACUAGCAGAUCUAUACAAAACUAUAAUUCAAACGUUUAAGCCGGUGGCGAAUGAAAUGAACAUGGAUACAAUGAGUUGUUUGCCGAAUCCGUGGCCGCCAAACUACGAUUGUUAUAAGCGAAUCAUUUUUGUGUUAACUUUGACGUGGUUUCUCGCCAUCAUGCAACCAUACGGUUUGCGAUUUCGGUCUUACGUUAUGGGAUACUAUCAUCCGGACGUGGCCAAGACAAGGGCGGUGUGGCUGCAUAAUCACAUAAUUCGCCGGAGAAUCAAUUUCAUCAAAUUUGCAAGGCGAUUUCUGCGCAGGAAGUUCGGCCUGGGCGGUGGAGAAAAUAUUGAAGACACCUCCUUUUUGGAUUUAAUAUAUUCCAAGUGCCCAUUCUUGGAUCGUAUCUGGAGUCGUAAAAAGCAGAUUGUAUGCCUUUUAUGUGGUUACAAAGCAAAGGAAAUAGACUUAAAAUCGGGUGAAAUAGUGAAGUGUGACAAUGGCAACUGUAAAGGUGUAUAUUGUUCAAAAUGUUUCAAAGACAUUGACAAUAAAUGCACUUUGUGCAGCAAUCCUAUUAACUAUGGAGACAUAACAGAUAUUAGUGAAGAAAAAGAUAGUUCUUCAGAUGCAACCGAGACGAACGCUGUAAAAUUAUCAGUUCACAAAAAACCAGCUAAGAAGAUAGGAAAACGAAAACAUGUUAAGUGGGCUAAAACAGUUUUUCAUAAAGUUAGCACUGACGAGGAAGGAAAUGAUGGCGAUGAAAGUUCAAUAAGUGAGUGUUCAAACAGUACGUGUAGCAGUGUGUCGAACUCUUAUGAAAACGAUCCAAACUAUGUGAACUCAGAUUUGAACUAUAGAACAUUAAUUAUAGAGAGUCAAGACGGCAUCCGAAGAUAUUUGUCUAUUUAAUUAUAAUAAUAUUAUAUUUAUAUAUUUUGUAUUGUUAGUGUUAACGCCUUGUUAGCUGUAUAUCAUUGGCUUGUGGUUUAUUAUCAUUUUUUUUUUUUUUUUAUAAAUUAUUAUAUGUUUUUCAAAAACAUUUUAUUUAUUUUUUUAUUAUUUAUAUAAUUAUUA